AUGACUUCUACUGCGACUGCUGCUACACUCAAUGGGUCUGCGGAUGCGGUGCCUACCACAUUAAACUAUUAUUUGGAUCUAGAGCUUGGUGGACAUGUCAACAUCACACCCGGUACUGCCGGGUUUUAUCGCCGCAAGUAUGCUACCCAUCCAGUCACGAUACAUGAUAUCAAGGGCAGCGAGGCGCAAUUCAACCUCAACCGGCAGGGCUUCCAGAUCCACCCUCAUGAAAGCGCGGAAAAGGAGUUCAAGGAGGACGACCAGAUCAAGGCUGUCUAUUACCCGGAGACAGAAGCAUGGUUGAAACAGAUCACUGGCGCCACAAGGGUCAAAGUGUGCACGCAUCUCGUCCGACGCGAUACCCGUGAGGCCCUCGACGCAACAGUUGGCAGCUCCGAGCUCGCGGACAAUGCCGCAAUUUCCAAAGUGGUCCCCGCCCGGUUUGUGCAUGUAGACCAUUCACGUAAGGGGGCCAUUGGCUUCCUGCACGAGAACUUUCCGCCGGACGAAGCUGCGCGUUUGUUGAAAACACGGUGGUCGAUUAUAAACGUCUGGCGGCCGAUCAAGACUGUUCGCAGGGACCCCCUGGCUGUAUGCGACUCCCGGUCUGUCCGCGAUGAUGAGCUCAUCCCCAUGACCGUCCGUCUGCCGCCCAAGGGCAGUGCCACCUACGAGAAUGUCUCCAAGGAGCCUUUUGAAACGCUGUCUACAAGAAUGAACCCGGACCAUCGGUGGUACUUCAAGAGCGAAUUAAGGCCAGACGAGCCCCUCGUGAUCAAGAUCUAUGACUCGAAGAGCGAGAGAGACCCCGAUUUGGCGGGGCGAGUGCUGCAUACAUCAUUCACGGUUCCCGGCACAGAGAACGAGCCGGCGCGUGAGAGUAUUGAGGUGAGGUGCUUCGUGUUUUACGACGAGCCCGAGUGA